GUCUCGACGUCCUCAGGAUACACGCCCAAUGUCCAGCUCAAUGGCGCCGCGAUAAAUGCUCCUCUGAACUGCAAUGGCGCCGACACUUUCAUGGGCUCGAAGCUUUUCAACAAAGGUCCUUUCGACACCGAUCUUUGCGCCACUGCUUGCAGGCAAGCUUUUUCCACUCCUGCAAUCAUCUUUAUGCUGACGACUUGCCAAUUCUACAACACUUAUGGGCUGUACAAACAUGGUGUCUACCAGGGGCAGUACUGCUCAUUGUACACGCAAGCGUGGGAUCUCAGCUACGCGACCAACAAUGGCCAGUGGCGCGGCCCCGAUCAUUACACUAUUGACAUGAGCUACAUCUCGUCAAAUACAACCAAUUCUGGAGAUGUUAGCUGUCCUUCGGAUGUCUCCUACCUGAGCACUGCUGGAGCCGCUUUCUGCUCUGCUUACAUCAGAUACCAGCCACCUGUUUCCACCGUUGUGAGCGUUACCACUCCAGCAACCUCAGUCUUCACUUCUGUCGUCGAUAUCAGCUCAACCACUACUACGGUGACCUCCAAGCUCAAUGCAAAGCGAGACGGAACGGUCCUUGCGACACCUGCGUCAAUCUCAACUUGGUCCCCCUCCCGCAUUUCAAAGGCCUGUUCUGCCGUUGCUACUGGGUCAACCACUACCAGCACGAUCACUACUGCUAGCACACCCUACAGCACGUUCGUGACAACU